AUUUCAACGAGAACUCGUCAAAGCUUGGUAGCAACAAAAUGGUGGACGAACUGUCAACAAGUGCUGUGCAAGAAAUUGCCGGACUUUCGAAACAGAGAGGCCAGAGAAAACUGGCAAAACAUCUAAACUUAACAGUUGAUGAUGGGGAACUUGAUAUGAGACAAGCCAUACAUCUUGAUUUUUUAUAUGAUAACUUAAUGUUUGCUGCAGAAAAAGGAUUUUCUUGGGAUCAUGUGUGUUUGGUUGCAAAAUUUGCAGAAAAUGUUCUUACCAAUUCCUUAGGAAAAGAUUUGGUAGCUGUAUUGAAGUAUAUCCAGGCAGAAUCUACAGAGAUUGGUUGUGAACUUAGAGAAAGAAAUUUUAAAGUGUACAUUGAUUUUUUAUUUUCAACUUUUCUUCAGCACAUUAAGUUGUUUCAGUUUGUAUUUACAAGUGAUCGUGAACGAAUGUCCCCUAAUGUACAGUUAGAAAUCAUUCCUCCAAAAUCUUCUGAACCUUUAAAAGAAGCUAAAGAAGUCAAAAUUUGGGACUAUCAACAAAAUUAUGAAGGACUUCAAAGAAAGGAAACUGAAAAACAGAAUGAAAGGUUGCUUAAAAAACAGUAUAUUGCGGAAACUGCAGAGAAACGGUUGGAAGAAUCAAUGAAAAAAAUUGAAAGUAAAAAGGAGGAAAAAUUUACAAAAGAGACAAUCACAGAUAUACUUAAAGAAGUAAUAGGAACCUAUACCACCAACACCCUAGACAACAUGAAGUGGAAUAUUGAAGAUGCCAAAGAGGAUUUAGAAAUUAAAAUUCAGAAAACAAGUCUUCCUAGACCUCAGGCCUUAGGUGCUCCCCCAAGAUACAGCUUGAAACCAAAAACUCCGGGAUCACCACCAAAAACAGCAAAAGCCUUGAAAUCAGCAUCUCCAGAACGUAAAAAAACAGGUUCUGGACGGUCACGUAAAAAGUGAAAGGAUAUAUAAAAAUAACUAUAUGUAGUCUAAACUUGUUAAAAAAGUUUCUUUACAAGAAUACAAUCCAACAUUCAGAUGAACCUAUUGUUUGAAUAAUCACUGUGAUUUUUACCAUUAUACAAAUUCAGGAUUGUACAAAGCUUGUUUUUUGUCUGUGGAUAAAUGCAUUUAGUUUUGUCAGUGAAUAUGUAUGGCUGCCCUCCAUUGUUGUACAUUUUACUAUCAUUUUGUUGAACAGAUUAAUUUAAUGAGGUUGUUUAUGUUUUCAAUAAAUUAUUUACAGUAACA